ACAAAUUUAUCUUCUUUUAGAAGGAUACACUUUCCUUUUUCUAUUUUCAAAAUCGAAUACAAAUAUAUGUGAAUACCGGAAAGGUGCCUAAAAAUGUUAGGCAACAAUAAAGACGAAAGGUCCUCUCACUCUAAUUUCCAAAAUUCCAUCUCUACUGUUUGUCAUGUUCUUUAGUUCCUUCAUCACUUUUGGCAACGUGAUAUCGCGAGUUGUAUAUAUUUUUUCACUUUGCCUAUUUUAUUUUUAUUUAUAUCUGUGACUCUAUUUAUAACAAAAAUACUAAAAUGAUAACUGAUAGCAUCGAAAGCAGAGAUAUUUUGCCUCCCACGGCAAUCACAGUUACAGCAACAAACAUUCUAACGCCGUACAUGAUAAGAAUUUUCGAAAAAAACGAUUACGAGAGAAAAUUAAACUUAAUUAACAAAAAAUUAAUAGUAUUAGAAAAGAGAAGAUUAUUUAAAGUAAACACGGAACACACCAAACCAAACAUUGGAGAUACAAUUAUAACACAUGACAAACUUAAUAAGAAUGUUGAUCUUCCUGCUUGGUUGUGCCGUGGGAUUAUCAGCAACAUUUUAAAUACCACAAACACAGAGUAUCAUGUUUUCUUGCCAGAUUAUGGAAUAGCAGUCAUAUUGCAGAAAUAUGAUUUUUACAUGUAUUCGGCUAAUUUAAUUCAAGAAGAAUAUUUAACUUACACUGUUGGUUUAUACAAUGUUUUACCUACUGUUUUACAAUUUAACUCACAAGGAGAUACUUCUCUUUUACUUUUGGACGAAUGGGAUAAAUCAGCAAUCGAGUACACAAAUAAAUUAUUAGCUGCAUCCAGUACAAUUUACUUUGAUCAUUUAGCAUUCGAUACACAUGGUAGGAAGUACGGUGAAUUUUAUCUCAAUAUCAGGGGCACUAUAAUAAGAUUAAGCAAAGCUUUGUGUCUUAAUAAUGCUGCCACUUAUUUGCCAAAAGAUACAAUGAAAUUUCUACUAAAUCCUUUAAACCACGAAAAAUUAAAAAAAGAAGUAGUUAACGAUGAAGUUAUAUUCUAUAUAAACGUUUCAAAGGAGCACAAGGAACAAGAUAGAAAUAAUGUACAGGAAGAAAGAAUAAGGAAGUGUAAAAUGAGGAAUCAGCUACUUGAUAAUACAAGGGAGAAGGAGAAAGUACUAAUUUAUGGAGAAAUUAAAUAUGAACCUUUAUGUAGCAUUUCUGAUCUACGACUUCCUGCUGAAAUACAUAAGACUUGGACAUCAUUAGUUAAAUCUUCGAGGCCGAGAAAGAUUCAAUCUUACAUUUUACCUGCGGUCAAAAAUGGUUUAGAUGUGAUAGCAAUUGGAUCGGCACAAUCUGGGAAAACUUUUGCAUGUGGACUUGCCAUUUCUGGACUGUUGGCUUCAAAACCAAGUUUUCCUCAAGGUGUGUCUCCAGUUGCAUUAAUAUUAUGUUCAUCAACUCCUAAAGUAUUGGAAGUUCACUAUUUGUGCACAGAGUUUUUCCAAAACUACAGAACCAUAAGAUCUGUAGCUGCAUUUAAUGGAAAAUCAGAGAGAUCCUUAGCGGCUGAAAUGUACAAUGGGUGUCAGGUUUUGGUGUCUACACCAAGAUUUUUGGCUCGCUUCAUAGAUCGAAACAAAAAAUUAGUAAAUUUCGAAAAUCUACAACAUUUCAUUUUGGAAGACAUUGACGUCAUCCUGGAUAGAUACUUCGAUUCUAUAAGCAAGUUAUUGAAAAAGCACAAAAUCAUUUGCAACAGAGAACUAAAAGAUAUGAAUGCAACAUUACAAAUCAUAGCAACCGCUAAACAUUGGACAUCUAAAUUAAAAAAAUUCGCACUCGCUUUAAUGGACUGUCCAUAUAUAUGCAUAGCAUCUUUCAUAGAAGCCACAAUUUUCAAGUCUGUGCGCCCGAAAAUGUAUAUAGUCAAUACAAAAAGCAAAGCUAAUAAAGUUUUAGAUCUGGUUAGCAAUAUACCCUGCAAUUUGAGAACCGUGGUGGUUUGUAUAAAUAGUGAUGAGGCUAAAACACUGCAGGAAUUUUUGAAAUUGAACAAUAAAGACGUUCUCUUAGCACACGAAGAUAUGAAUCUUAUUUCUUUGCAAGGAAUUAAGCAAUGUUGGGACGCUUGCAUAAGUGGUUCAUAUCCAAUUUUAAUAUGUACAGAUGAAGUUUUGUCAGAUCUAAACGUGACAAAUGCGGACUGGUUGAUACACUAUUCUAUCUCGCUACGUUUUAUGACCCAAUUUAACUUUCGGUUCUCAACACUUUUUAACAGUUUACAAAAGGAGAAAUCAGGGUGCAAUGUAACUAUCAUAGUCGAUGAAAACAGCGAUAUACAGUUUUUGAGUGUAAUCAAUUUAAUGCGUCGUAUGAACAUUAUAAUUCCUCAGAAUAUGUUGGAAAACAUUGAGCAUGUUCGUGAUAGUUUAGAAAAAAAAAAGGAGAACUAUGCUUUGUGUAACAACAUAAAGUUGUGGGGAUUUUGUUACAAGGAUUAUUCUUGCAUGCUGAGACACACAAUCAUUCCGGAAAUGGAUUUACCAACGAUAGAUAUUGGAGUAAACGAUGAAGUGAAGUUCAGAUUAGUCAGCAUACACAACGUCACACAGAUUAGCGCUAGGAUUAUAUCGUACAUUAAAUUUGGUACGUCGGAGGAAGUAGAACUCUCAAAUGUGGAAUAUAUGGCAAUUAUUGUAAAAAUUCAAAAGUAUUACUCGUCAAUGGACAACAGGUUUGUAUAUCAAUUGAUUUUUUUAAUUGCACCAUCCAACACCAAUUUCGAGUACCAAAAAUUGAUUAAACAUAUUAUUUAUAGAAGAAGAUGUGAAUCAGUGAACGUGGGUGACAUAUGCGGUCUAGAGGAACCAGUAGAUAGUUAUAAAAGAGUAGAAAUUUUAAGCAUUGCGGAAGAAGGCAGGACCGACCAGUCAAAGUAUGCUAACGUAAAAUGCAUCGACAAUGGAGUUAUCCUGAAUAAUGUAAAUGUAUAUAGAUUGUUACACAUGCCGGAACAUUUUCGGAAAUACCCAGCACAAGUGACCGAAGUAAUUGUAACUGGCAUAGCUCCACACGAUGAGGAAUAUGUUUGGAGUCGGUGCGCGACUGAUGCUGUGUUCCAGUGGUUCAAGGACAAUGUUGACGAAAGAUCUUAUAUUACAGGAACGGUAAUUCUACAUUUAAAGAACAUAAUCUGGGUGAACACUUUGAAAGUUGGAACGAAAUUAGUCGGAUACAAAGACAUAGUUGGUUCAUCCCUAAAAGCGGAAUUGUUAAAGAACGAUUACGCUGUUGAGAAUCAUGCGCACUUGCCGAAGAUAUAUGAACUUUGCAAACGGCAUAGUUUCCCGGCAAUCAACGACAUUUCCAUAAAUCAUCAAACAUAAAUGCACUCUAUCGGACAAUUGUACAGUACAAUCUUCAGCUAGUGUUUUAAACAGCCAGCAACAACGAUAUAAGAGUUUUGUACGUAAGAGUUGUUAUAAAAGCUAGCAAAAAUAAAAAACAUUUUGAAGGCAUACGAA